AUGGCAACACCAAACCGCAACCGCGGCCGCAGCUUCCAACGCGUCGACCGCGCGCAAAGCAUACUCUCCGACUCCCAAGCCUCCUUCCACACACCGCGUCCCACACCCCCACCGCCACCUACACGCAGCGGCCGCGGCGUACGCGCCAACAGCACCGUCAGCGACGCGCCCUCGCUGCUCGAACAAGACACACCCGGAAGGUCCGCGAGGAAAGAUGCAGCAGCCGCAAAAUUAUCCGCACACUACCACUUCGCGCCCACAGUCCCGAAUCCGUUUGCAGGGACGCUGGAGGCGAGUUUGGACGCGAUACAAGCCUGGGGCCGGAUUCACAGCAACCUUGGGAUAAAAGGGUUGCAUCCGCUCAUGGACACUUUACUCCGGCCAGUGGAUAACAAAACAGACUGGCCGGCUCUAUUCAGCGCGCUUGAAGAUAGGCCCGCAGGUCGUUUCCGGUAUCUGUGUGAGGAGGUACUUUUCCUUGUCACGCGGACGUUGUUGCCGGAGGGGAUUGUGCAGAACAGGGCGCUUAUGGCUAGGCUUUAUGAUAAGAAGAAACAGCUUGCUAUGCGGUUGGUGCUACGGUAUGAUAUGUUGAGGGAGUGGAAGAUGAAGCAUGGGGCGACGGGUCGCGAGAUGCCUGUUGCGGUUGCUUCGGUGCCGCCGAUGGGAGUACCGGCGCCGGAUCCGGUUCCCGUGAGCUUCCCUGCGAAGUUUCCGCAUAGGAAGGCGCGGCUGCCUAAUAUCAUUGCGACGGUGAUUGCGGCGCCGGCGGGAGGGUAUGGGACGCAUGGUGUGAUAGCGAGGAUGAAGCAUCAUGUUACGGCUUUGGAUGACUAUCUCUUGUUGAGCGAUGAAGAGGUGGUGGGGCUGAGUGGUAUCGCGCUGCUGGAGAGGUGGUUGAGGCAGAACAAUGAGAUCCUGGAGGAGAUGGAGGUGCAUGGGUGGGAGGAGCUGGAGGGCAAGGCGGAUGAGUCGGAGUGGAUUGCUGAUGAUGUGAAGAAGAGUGCGCAACCUGGGAGUAAGAGAAUGAGAGAGAAGGAAGAUGAGUAA